AUGGACAUACAAGACAUUAUUGACGAUAUCACUGGCCUGGGUCCCCUCGACGUUGCUAUGCCACCUCCACCUUUAAACCCUUUACAAGAUUUGGUAGAAAGUGUAACUACUAUAUUUCCACUAUUAACUUGUGCUAUUCGGUUACAAAAUAGA